GUGAAGGACAGAAACCACCGGGGUUCCCGAAAUAAACUGAGGGGACGCAGACACGCGCGCACACACACGUAGGAUACACACAGAGAAAGGCUAAAGAGAGAGAGAGGGAGACAGAGAGAGAGAGAUACACACCGGCGGAUGGCGAAGCAGAACCGAAGAAAAGACACUACAGCGUAAGAAGAAAAGCGGUAUCGCUUCCCCUCAUCUUUUCUUGCUUGAGUGGAGAGAAAAGCAGAAGACAGGUGUACUUAUUGAUAUGGAUUUAUUCCUUUAUUUAUCCAUUGAUUUUGCUUUAAUUGGUGACCCGCGGUAGAGAAAGAGGGAGAAACCGCGAGGGGAGGAGAGGGAGGAGCGAAAGUCAGACAGGAGGGUCCUGCGUAACCUUACUUUAUUAUUUGAUUAUUCCUAUAUUUUACCAAAUAUUGGUUUUGCGUGUUAUCAUUGUGUCGCUUUAUGUGCGUGUAUUCUUCAGCAGACCAGCCAGCUACUAACCAAAUCGUUACGAGAACCAAAAAGAAGCAACUCCAGGACAGUUCCCUGUACCGAGCAUUCACCGAUUGGACAGUGUUUUGUUUGACACUUUUCAUGACAGUGCGGGAGGAGAAAUCUGUCUUUUCACAGCCUAAACCAAAGCAAACCCUUCCGAGGACUGAGACGGAGACAGAGAGCCUCUGCGAUCUUUACGCACAGCUGUGUGGACACAAUACAUGGAGUCCAAUUGUGUCUGUGUUACAUCCAAUGGAGAGCAGCUGAGAGAGGAGCACCAACUGUACUAGAUUCACAUGGGUGCUAUGAUAACAGAUAGCGUCAGCUGUCCAGUCACCUGCAGCCUGUGUUAGCCUUUAUGGGUAGCAGCUUUUACAUUUUCUCCCCAAAACAGUCGUUGCUGCGCGUCCUGCACGUCGCUGUGCGUGUGUGUUUGUGUGUGUGCCGAGUUGACACCAAGAAGCCGCAAGUAAGAGGACCGUAAUAUCCGUCUGUAUCCCAAAGUCACACAAUUCUAAAUACAGAGAAAUGUGAAUUUGCUGAGACACGGACUACUCGAUCCACGGAAGAAAAAGUCUCUUUCCUUCCCUUUUUCAAACCAUCCAAGCGUCUCGGCAACCGGCUCUCCACAAACCUGGAAACGCAUACGAAGAAAGGCCAAAGAACGACAGAAGCACGACGGAUAAGAAAAGAAGAAAACUGAGACUAAAAUAAAAAAACAAAACAAAAACAACGACCCCCAGGUCGACAGAGGACCAUGUUUGUCCCCCUGCCGGUCCCCUUCGUCUUUCAGAGAACAGCGUCCGACUUCAGCGCCUGGAGACUCAAGUCCUCGCUGGCUCCGCGGUCCAGCCCCGAUAUCAGGAUGUCUAAAGCAGCAGAGGAGGAGAAGCCUGGGGCUGAGUAUCCAGGGGACAGUUCAGACUCUGACAGAAACAGCCCCGAUGACCAGGUUGAGCCAAUGAAAACAAGCCCCUUCAGCGUCUCUCCCGGACCGGCUGGCAGCAAGGGAAAGAGCGAGCAGAGCGCUGAGAUGACACAUAGCACCGUUCCUCCUGCAACUCCCUCCCAGCAGCUACAACAACAACAACAACAGCUACAACAACAACAACAACAGCUACAACAACAGCUACAACAACAGCUACAACAACAGCAACAGCAGCAGCAGCAGCAACAGCAACAGCAGCAGCAGCAGCAACAGCAACAACAACAACAACACCACCACACACAGCUGAUGCUGGCUGGCAGUCAGCUAGCAGGGCUUGCUGCUCUCCUCCCGGCCCAGCAGCAGCUGCUCCUCCAACAGGCCCAGGCUCAGCUCCUGGCGGCCGCUGUUCAGCAGUCGAACGCCGCCCAUGCCGCGCAUGCUGCCCACGCAGCCGCGCAGCAUCAAGCCAACCAGCAACACCAGCAGCAGCAGCAGCAGAACCAAUCACAAUCCCAUCAGCAACAGCAGCAACAUCAAACCAAACAGGAACAAAAUGUCCCGCCUCCAACGCAGCUGGCCCUGUCGCAGCCAAUCCAGCUCACAGCCCAGGACAUCCAGCAGCUGUUGCAGCUCCAGCAGCUGGUUUUGAUGCCGGGCCAUCAUCUCCAGUCUCCUGCCCAGUUCCUCCUGUCCCAGCCAGCACAGGCACAGCAGCCGCAGCAGGGUUUGCUCUCGACACAAAAUCUGAUUCAGCUACCUCAACAAAGCCCAGGGGGACUACUGACAACCCCACCUCGCCUGGGACUCCAAGCACAGAGGGAGAAGAACAGCGACGUUGUGGUUGUUGGAAGCAGCGGUGGCGGUGGCGGCGGCGGCGGCUCCGUUGCUAGCGGUGGCGGUGUUGUGACGUCUGUGGGAGCCACCUCAGCGUCCAGCAGCACCAUUGCUUCCUCAUUGGCGUCCGGCUUGACUCCCGGAGCUCAUGGGGGUCACAUGGGGGAAGAACCCAGCGACCUGGAGGAACUGGAGCAGUUUGCCCGAACCUUUAAACAGCGCCGCAUCAAGCUGGGAUUCACCCAGGGAGACGUCGGCGUUGCUAUGGGAAAACUGUAUGGCAACGACUUCAGCCAGACCACCAUCUCUCGAUUUGAAGCCCUCAACUUGAGCUUUAAGAACAUGUGCAAGCUGAAACCACUGCUUGAGAAGUGGCUGAGUGAUGCAGAAACCAUGGCGGUAGACAGCAUGCUGCCCAGCCCGUCCUCUCUCUCCUCCCCCAUGUUAGGCAUCGAGGGUCUAUCCGGCCGACGCAGGAAGAAACGCACCAGCAUCGAGACCAACGUGCGAGUGGCCUUAGAGCGCAACUUCCACAUGAACCAGAAGCCUACCUCGGAGGAGAUCCUGCUCAUGGCGGAGCAGCUCAACAUGGAGAAAGAGGUGAUUCGUGUUUGGUUCUGCAACCGCAGGCAGAAAGAGAAACGCAUCAACCCCUCCAGCAGCACCACCCCUCCCCUGCCCAGCCAGACCUCGCCUGUUGUGACACACAAAGCCCCCUGCUACAGCCCGCACAUGAUAUCGAGUCACGGUCUGUCCCAGGUCACCACCUGCCUCAGCACAACAGCUGCCAGUUCUUCACCAUCCUGUCCCAUGACUCCCGUCAGCUCAGCUGCAGUAGGCUCCACCUCUUCUUCUGUGACCCCGCCUCCUCACAGCACAGCUAGCCCCGCCCCUCCCAACCUCGGGGCCCACGGCCUCAACACCGGGAACACAAUGAUGGGAGUAAGCACAGGGAUAAACCAGGCCCUCAUUGGCAGCAAUCCCCUGGCUACCAUGCAAGCCCUGGCAGCCAGCAGCGGUCAGCUGCCCAUCUCCAGCCUGGAGGGGGGAGCGGCUCACCUGCUUCUGGGUGGACCUGGGGGUCCCGCUAUACCUCCUUCCCUUCGCCCUUCCCUCUUCCUAAACCGCUCCACCCUCCUCCCCAUGGUGACCUGCUCCAUGGCAACAGCCUCCACACCUACCAUGGGACUGGUCAGCGGUGGUGGAGGUGGUAUUGGCGGCCCGAGACUCUCCUUUUCUCAGUCUCCGCCCCCUGGUGCCAGCAACCUCAUGAGCCCAACUUCGUGCCCUGAGGAGUCCGCAUCUCCUUGUUCAAGUCCCGCCUCUUUCUGUUCCUUUAGCGAAGCCUCGCCGCCGCCCCUGGGAGGGGCCAUGGCCGAGUGAUUCCUGACUAACAGCCAAAGUAUCCUAUCAGAGGAGGACGAGGAGGAGGAAGAGGAGUUAAAGGAGCUUUAAAAAUCUAAAUUUACAACCUCGCCUUUCAACCAAAGCCAUCUCUCUGUCUGAUCCAUCUCCAAUUUCGUCUCUCUCUUUCUGUGUCUCCCUGCUGAAGUCUUCUGAAGCCAAAAAUAUACACAGAUGGAUGACGGGAGAGAGCAAAGAGAGAAAGAGGAUGGACAGGAUAGAGAGAACUGCAGAACGGAGGGGGGGAAUUUGAAACCAAAUAAUGAUCAACAGCUGGAGAGGUGGCGUGGAGGAGUGUUUUUGCUUCGCGUCGGAAAUGAACAGCAUGCUUUUUAUUUGCUGGAAAAGAAAUAAACUCGCUGAGGGCAGGGAUGAGAAGUGAAACUGUGUGUGAGAAACGGGAGGCAAAAAAAAAAAGACUUGUUUAACAAGCUUGGAAGGUCAUAUGGUUGCAACCAAAUUUUGGAAAAAAGAAAAGAUGCGAGAAGAGAAACACACUUUCUAAGAUAAAAACCAAAAUCUCCAAAUACCAAAAACUGAAAACCAAAAAAGGAAACAAAAAACAACAAACGGAGAGAAAAGCUUUAGUUCAAAAAGACUUUUGCAUUCUGAUCAAUCCAGGAUCAGUUCAGUACUCCAUUCUACUUCACGCCAAACAUUUUCCAUUUCACUCAGGAUUUCCUUUAUUCUCAUUUUCAGUUUUACAAGACAUCUAUUUUUUCUUAUUAUUUUGUAUUCGUAUCUCUUUAUGGUAUUUCUUGCCAAAAACGUUUGUUUAAUGUUUUACAGUUGAUCUCACAUGCAUAAUAUAUACCUACCUCUCUCUUUACAGCUUUACAGUGAUAAACAUACCUACGUUAGAACAGACCGUGUUUGUUUUCACCAGCCUGGAGUGGCAGACGGGUGGGGUUACUACUAUAAUUACUAUAGCAUCAGGUAAGAUGCUAAUCCAUUCAUACUGUGCUGUAAAAAUAUUACUUUUCUGUGAAUGCCUGAGCUUUCUGGUAUUCAUCAGAUCCUAAUAUGUGGCCAAACUCACGCUACUGGUACAUAAAUAGCAUCAAACUAACGAUAAAUGUUGAAAAAUCUCAUUCGAUCUAGCUGUUUAAAACAUCCACACUGAGUUUUGGGGAUUAGUUACAUCUAGAAGAAAAGAAAUAGUUCAAAAUUAACAUUUCUGUGAGGAUUUUUAGCACCACUGUUAUCUUUAAUGCUUUAAUUACACACUCAGCAGUACUUAUACUGCCUACAAAAAGGAUACCAAAGGCAAGAUGUAAACAUUCUUGGGAUCAUUUUCAGCAUUAUUCUUCUUUUAUGUAUUCAGCCCAUACACACCAGUACCAUUACCAUGUCAUCUUCCAGACUGCUCAUCUACCACCAGACAGUCACUCUUGGAUACCAAAGCAUCGCCUCUGGCUGCGUUGUCUCUUGAUUCGCCCGGGAGACGAGUGUCCAGACAAAACCUCUGCAGUGUCAAAGGG